AUGAAAGCUUCCAUCAUCUUCCGUGAAGAUCAAAACCUUACUUUCACAGCCAAAAUCCCUCUUUGUUUCUUCGGUUUACCCUUCCGCUCCGCCAUUUAUCUUCCAGAUUCCGACAAUCUCUCCUUCACCUUCGCCACUUUCUUCCGAUCCGGCCCUUCCUUCAACCUCUCUUACCGUCCCAAUCAUGCUCUCAACCCCUUCUCUCUCGCCCUCAAGGCCGGAAUCGGACUCUUCGGUUCACCCAUUGACUCUCCCAUGACUUUCGCCGCCGAAUUCAACCUUCCAGGUAAUCAACCCCCUCGCUUCUUCCUUCACUUCAGACCUCAACUCGGCGAUUUCACUCUCCGUAGAUCUGUCCAAUCGGGCAUUGCGAUUUUCAAUUUUCCCUACCGAAACUUGAUUUCGCAAGUCGAUGAUGAUGCUUCUGCUUUGAGUAGAGGUAAAUCCAUCGAUGGCCCCGAAACUCCUGACCUAGGGCUUGGAAAUCCGGUCUUAUCCAGUCAGAGAACCGAUUGCUCUGAGGUAUUCAAUCGUGUCGAUGAUGUGUUCUCGACUAUGGAGAUUAAUGCGAGAUCGACGUUCAAGGUUGGAGACUCAACGGCGGUGAAAUUCCGAUGGAGCAUGUGGUUUCCGACGAGCAUGAAGAAGGAUGAGUUCACGGCUAAGGCUCCACUCUCCAAAAUGCCAUAUCUAGCAUUAGGAAAGAUCAAAAUCGAACGCGCAGCUGCAAGUGAGGGCGAACGAGAAAGCAAUGGGGCCGGUGGAGCAGGAGAGUUUUCAGGUAUGAAGAAGCAUUUGGAGGAUUUAUGGAAAGAAAGCCGAUGGUUGAAGAAGAAUGUAGAGCAACUUCAGUCGGAGAUCGGUGAACAGAAGGCUGGACCGACGACUCCGCCGGUUGAAACAAGGAAGAAGAAAGGAGGUUGA